AUGAAAGAUGACAAUAUUCGUGCACAUUGGAGAUGUUUCAUGGCCUGCGGAAUCAUGUCGCUGGCCUUCCUCGAGUAUGGCAUUGAUUUCGGUGUCAUAGGUGGACUGCAGGCAAUGCCUGGUUUCUUGCAAGUCUAUGGCUACAGAGCCAAAACCAGCAUUGGCUGGAACAUCUCCACUACUCGGCAGCAACUGAUUGCUUCGUUGAUGACUCUCGGGGCAUUCAUUAGCUCGGGAACCGCUGGUCUUGUGGCUGCGAAACUUGGUAGGAAAACAUGUCUUUGGCUUGCGUGCCUGCUGUGUGUGGUCUCGACCGUGAUUAUGAUGACUACGGAGACCAUUGGACCGUUGUAUGUCGCGCGCUUCCUCAUUGGCCUAGCCAACGGCUACUUCUUGACGUUUUCACAACUCUACACGCAAGAGAGUAGCCCCGCCAAGUAUCGCGGUCUCUUCUUGACUUCUUUCCAGUUCAUAACAUCACUAGGGACGCUCAUCGGUAACAUCAUCGACUGGGGAACACAAGGCAGACCAGAUAAAACCGCAUAUCUCAUACCUUUAGGCAUUGUGUAUCUUGUACCAAUUCUCAUGAGUGUAGGGCUGCUCUUUAUCCCAGAAUCGCCCAGGUGGUUGAUUCUUCAGAACCGAAUCGAGGACAGCCGGAAGUCACUAGCGUGGCUAAGACCUAAUGGCCGGGUGAUAGAAUCUGAGGUCGCCGAAAUUAGGAAUGCGAUUGCCAUAGAGCGAGAAAUGGGCGGAAAUGUCGGCGUACUUGAUAUGUUCAAGCAUCCAAUUGACCGGCGGCGAACUGGGUUGUCGGUGGGUGCAGUAAGCCUGCGAUCCGCUUCAGGCUCCAUGUUCAUUAUCGCGUUCAAAACCUACUUCCUCACCAUGGCCAAAGUUUCAAAUCCUUUCGCAAUGUCUAUAAUCAUUAGCAUCGCAGGUCUCAUCGCCAUCGCACUGAAUGCUGGUAUUGUUGUCCGGUAUGGUCGUCGCCGGGUUCUAUUGAUGGUUGGGCUUAUCGGUUGCGGCUGCUUGCAGCUAAUCAUCGCUGUCGUAUAUGACCAGAAUCCGGACGCAGUAGAGACUGGCCGGGUGCUUGUUGCACUUUCAUGCUUAUAUAUGAUGGGAUACAGUGGGAUGGUCGGUACCUACGCGUGGGUGUCAGGUGGCGAGAUACCGUCUCAGAGACUUCGCAGUUAUACCUUCGGCCUAGCCUCUGCUAUCGGUUUCCUCGGGGGCUGGGUAAUUACAUUCACAGCACCUUACUUUAUCAAUCCGGACUCACUCAACUGGGGACCACGGUAUGGGUACAUAUGGUUCCCGUCCUGUGUCGUGGGUGCAAUAUGGGUGUACUUCUUCUUGCCUGAGACUCAUAGUCGAACACUAGAAGAUAUUGAUGAAAUGUUCACUGCAGAACUAUCUGCUCGAAGAUUCAGGUCCUAUGACUGUCAAGGAGUUGCCAUGAGAAGUAAGGGGGAUGAUAUUGUUGUACCACAACAGGACGAACCAUAA